AUGGCUUCGUUUCCUGUCUUGAAGCAAGAGACGUUGUUCCAGAACGGUACCUGGAGCUAUCGAAUUCCAGCUCUGCUCUACCUGCCACGUUUCAGCAUCAUCCUGGCAUUUGCUGAGGAACGAGAGGAUGUGGUGGAUGAACACGCCAAGCUAAUAGCGAUGCGCAGAGGCAUGUAUGACCCAACCACGCACAGUGUUCAGUGGAAUAGCAUGGAGACCAUUGUCAGUGCACAGCUGAAAGACCACCGAUCCAUGAACCCCUGUCCUGUUUACGAUGAAGUCUCAGGGAAACUGAUCCUGUUCUUCAUAGCUGUCCCAGGAAAGAUCUCUGAGCAGCAUCAGCUCAGGACAAAGAUCAACCUGGUACGUCUCUGCUACGUCACUAGCAUGGACCAAGGACGCACCUGGAGCACUGCCCAGGAUGUCACCAAUAGUACCAUUAGCACUGAGUACAAGAACUGGGCCACUUUUGCAGUGGGGCCGGGUCACGGAUUACAAUUGCUCAAUGAGGCCCGGAGCCUUGUGAUUCCUGCCUAUGCCUAUCGUAUCUUGGACCCUAAGCAACACCCCACCCCUCAUGCCUUCUGCUUCAUCAGCUCGGACCAUGGGACAACGUGGGAGAUGGGGAACUUCAUGCGGGAGGAGAGCGCGGUGGAGUGCCAGGUAGCAGAGGUGCACACCUGUGGCAGGAAGGUCCUCUACUGCAAUGCAAGGAGCAGCAGGGGAGCCAGAAUCCAGGCUGUCAGCUACAACCACGGGGUGGACUUUGAGGGAGGCCAGCGGGUUGAAAUGCUAGUUGAACCUCCCUCUGGAUGUCAUGGAAGUGUUACUGCCUUCCCACCUCCCCCUGAUGCCAGAUGCCAAGAUAGUUGGUUGCUCUACGCUCAUCCUACAGACCCAAAGGGUCGAAGAGAUUUAGGAAUUUACCUCAACAAAAGCCCUUUAAAUCCAGCACACUGGACAAAACCAAGCAUCCUCUUCAAGGGCCUGUGUGCUUAUUCUGAUCUGCAGUACAUGGGGGUUGGGCCAGAUGGCUCACCCUUGUUCUCCUGCCUCUUUGAAUAUGGGACCCACCAACAAUGUGAAGAGAUAAUCUUUGUAAUGUUCACUUUGAAGCAAGCCUUUCCAUUGGAGUGCUGA